AUGGACGAGGAGAGAUGGGCUCUCCUCGCCUUCAAACAAAAUCUCACUGAUCCUUCUGGGAGGCUUUCUUCAUGGGUUGGUCAAGCUUGCUGUCAAUGGAAAGGAAUUUCAUGCAACAACAUCACCGGUCACGUUGAAAAGAUUGAUCUCCAAAAUACAUACACAUACACACUGUCUGUUUUCGAUGGAGAGUGGGAAGAGAUGGAGAAGUCUUCUUUGGGUGGUGAGAUAAAUCCUUCUUUACUUAGCUUGAAACUUUUGACCCACCUAGAUCUAAGCAGGAAUGAUUUUGAAGGGAUUCCCAUUCCCACAUUCUUUGGUCAUCUCAAAAGUUUGAGGUAUCUUAAUCUCUCAUAUGCUUCAUUUGGAGGGGAGAUUCCAGCUCAUCUUGGCAACCUAUCAGACUUGAACUAUCUUGACCUAAGUGAAGAGUCUGACUACUCUUCACUUGAACUACCUUUCAACAGCUUGAAUAGGCUUUCCAAUCUCUCUUCCCUAAAAUACCUCAAUCUUGAAGGAGUGGACCUCAACAACAUUGGGUUUCCAUUUCCUGGGUGGUUCUUUAAUCUGUCUAGCCUCAGAAAACUUGAUCUAAGUGGUAAUCUUUUGGCCGGUCCAGUUCCCAGUGAAUUUGAAAGCCUCCAAUCACUAGAAGCUCUUGAUUUAUCUUUUAAUGAUCUUGCAGGUCAAAUUCCCAAAUUCUUCGGGAACUUUUGCAAUCUAAAGACAUUGAAUCUUGCAAAUAACCAAUUUGAAGGGGGGAUUCAAGAGCUUUUGGGUGGUUUAUCAAGUUGUCCCAAUAGUGAAUUAGAGUCAUUAGAUUUGUCUUCUAAUAAGCUGAAAAGCCAACUGCCCGCCUCAGUAGGGAUGCUACACAACUUGAAGUAUCUUAACCUCUACAAUAACGAUAUGAGUGGGUCCAUUCCUAAAAGUUUGGGGCAACUCUCCGAGCUUGUUCACCUAGAUCUAUCUCUUAACUCAUGGGAAGGGUUUUUAACAGAAGCCCAUUUCACAAAUCUCACAAGAUUGAAAUACUUUUCAUUAGGCAAAGUCAUCCCAAACCCAACUCUCCCUAUUCCUCUCAUUUUCAAUGUGUCUUAUGAGUGGGUUCCUCCUUUUAAGCUGCACAAAAUUAACAUUGGGAACUGUAAAGUAGGUCCUGCCUUUGGGGCAUGGCUUCAAUCUCAAACUCAACUUGUCUUUGUCAAACUUUCUUCCACUGGAAUCUCAGAUUCUAUACCCGAGGAUUGGUUCAUGAAAUUAUCUUCCCAAAUUGAGUAUUUGGAUUUGUCUUCCAACCAAAUCCGUGGAAAGCUUCCCUUGCAAUUGAAACUCCCAAAUGCACUGCUUUUGGAUUUGAGUCAUAACCAAUUUGAUGGACCAAUUCCACUUUGGUCUGGUGACAAUGUGGUUCGGUUUAAGCUUGAAACUAAUUCAUUUUCUGGCACCAUUCCAUUGAAUUUUGACCAAAAGUUUCCAAAAUUGGAAUCAUUUUAUCUUGCUGAAAAUCAUUUGCAUGGCAUUAUUCCACCUUCCAUUUGCAACAUGAAACACUUGUAUGUCCUUUCUCUGAGAAACAACAAGCUAUCAGGAGAAUUUCCACAAGCAUGGAGCCUGUUGCCUCAUGUAACGAUUGUAGAUGUUGCAUACAACAAUCUCUCAGGCAAUCUUCCCAGUUCAAUGGGUGACUCGGGUUCUCUUUUCAUGUUGAAGAUGAACAACAACAAUUUUGAGGGUGAAAUUCCUUUUUCCUUGCAAACCUGCACUGCUUUGAGGAACAUUGAUCUUGGGAAUAAUAGAUUCACUGGUGAAAUACCUCCAUGGAUAGGAUCAACUGCUUUAUCGGUGUCAACCCUAAGGCUGAGAUCCAAUUUUUUAAGUGGACAUAUCCCACAACAGUUGUGCAAUCUUGCCUACCUUCACAUCCUAGACCUUGCUCACAACUGGUUUUCCGGCACAAUCCCCAAGUGUUUGAACAAUCUCACUGGUCUCAGAAUCUUUAAUGACAGUUUUUAUGAUAUAUAUCUAGAGUAUGACCAACAAACAACAGUGAUGAGAGGAAGAGAACUCCAAUUGAACACUUCUCUAGCGUAUGUAAAAAGCAUUGAUCUUUCAUCAAAUAGGUUUGAAGGUGAAAUCCCUCAAGAAAUAUGCAGUCUCGUUCUAUUGCGCAACUUGAACUUGUCAAUGAAUCAGUUCAGUGGAAACAUCCCAUCAAAGAUUGGAAACUUGUCGCAGCUCGAUACUCUUGAUCUCUCACUCAACCACCUUUCAGGACAGAUUCCUCAAAGUCUUUCAUCCUUGACCUUCUUGUCUAACUUGAACUUGUCUUAUAACAACUUGAGUGGUGAAAUUCCUUUGGGAAACCAACUCCAAGCCCUCCCUGAUUCAUCCAUUUAUGAGGGCAACCCAUUCCUUUGUGGAUUUCCUCUUUCAACCAAGUGCUCCAAAGAUAACACUUCUACUCCCAAGGAUCCAACAGACAAUGACAAUGGAGAUGGAAAUUACAAGUUGUGGUUCUAUAUGAGCAUGGCUCUUGGUUUUAUCGUAGGCUUUUGGAGUGUUUGUGGCACAUUAAUUGUGAAGAAAUCAUGGAGGUAUGCUUAUUUUCGAUGGUUUGAUGACAUGAAGGAAAAAUUUUAUGGUGAAAGUGACUCGUCUUGA